AUGGCUGAGCUGUUGCUAGGGAGCUUGUAUGCUCCAGCCCCGGUGCCUCCGCUGGCUGAAUGGAAACAGCUAUGGAGCGUCUGGGAUCUUGCCAUGACCAAGAUGAUACCGCCCAAUGCGUUGAUGGAACAACCAAUUCCUCUGCGGAACCCGUUGCUGUCCUACCUUGGCCAUAUGCCAACCUUUGAGGAUAUUCAUCUUACGCGAGCAACGAACAGCAAGCCCACCGAACCAGCAUAUUAUCAUCAGAUUUUUGAGCGCGGUAUAGAUCCUGAUGUUGAUGAUCCUUCUAAAUUUCAUGAUCAUAGUGAACUCCCAGACGUCUUCCUAUGUCUUGAAGACAUUCUUCAAUAUCACGAGCAUGUGAAAGCACGUAUCAUGGCGCUCUACGAAAGUGAGAAACCCUACACAGACCGCUGCAUUGGACGAGCUCUAUGGAUAGACUUUCCCAACAUUCUGCCCCCUCCUGAUGUGCCCAGGCCAGACUUCGCAAAGCUCGCAAAAGAAGCUACUUCACAACGCCUUCAAAAUCCAUGGAUAGAAGAGCCCAAGCAGACUGUCAAUAUCGGGUACCAUGACCCUGAGAGCGACGAUGGCCCAAACAGAUUCUUUGCGUGGGACAAUGAGCGCGAGCCGUACGAGAUCACUGUCCCACCGAUCAAGGCACAAGUUCGACCAGUCAGUAACGGAGAGUAUGCUAAGUACCUCGUAGACGUUAAGGAGCCUCAGAUCCCCGCAACUUGGAGCAAGACGCGCGAUGCCCGAAGUGAUGAAGAGUACACCACGUUCGUCGCUCGUCACAGUAUCAAGACUGUCUGGGGACCUGUUCCAUUGUCGCAGGCACUUGAUUGGCCUGUGGUGGCCUCUUUCGAUGAGGUAGAGCGAUAUGCUCAAUGGGCUGGUGCUCGCUUACCGACGCUCCACGAAUUACGGAGUAUCCACGAGCAUGUCGAGCGUCGUCGCAAAGCCCUGGACAGCAAAGUGAACCAUCAAUUCCAUACCGAUCCAAAGGCCAUAUUUGUUGAUUUAUCGGACACGAAUUCUGGUUUUCAAAAUUUCCAUCCAAUGGGAAUUACUCAUAAGGAUGAUCUUUGCGGUCUGGGUGACACUGGAGGUGCGGCUGAUUCGACAAGAACUCUAUUCGCGCCGCAACCUGGAUUCAAGCCCAUGGAUAUUUAUCCCGGAUAUAGUGCCGACUUUAUGGACCAGAAGCAUCUGGCCGUAGUUGGAGGAAGUUGGGCCCUGCAUCCUCGUAUUGCAGGCCGAAAGAGCUUCCUGAACUGGUGGCAGAAGAAAUAUCUCGGGUCAUGGGUACCGUUCCGCCUUGUACGAGACAUCGAAUAA